AUGCAGAGAGGGGAGCCCGAGUACGGGGUGGAGAGGGGUUGGGGAGAGUUGGAGGAGGUUGAGUUCUGCUCUCGUCGCUUGCGUCCUCAUGCCUCCCCUCGUCUGUAUGCUGCUCGUGCCCCCCUCGUUCCUCGUGUCCCCCUCGAUCCUCAUCACCGUAUUCCUGGUCCUCCGUUCCUCCAUGCCCACGCUCCUUCCGCUCCUCCUCAUGCUCCCUCGCCCCCUCCUCAUGCUCCCUCGCCCCCUCCUCAUGCUCCCUCGCCCCCUCCUCAUGCUCCCUCGCCCCCUCCUCAUGCUCCCUCGCCCCCUCCUCAUGCUCCCUCGCUCCUCAUGCUCCCUCGCCCCUCCUCAUGCUCCCUCGCCCCCUCCUCAUGCUCCCUCGCCCCCUCCUCAUGCUCCCUCGCCCCCUCCUCAUGCUCCCUCGCCCCCUCCUCAUGCUCCCUCGCCCCCUCCUCAUGCUCCCUCGCCCCCUCCUCAUGCUCCCUCGCCCCCUCCUCAUGCUCCCUCGCCCCUCCUCAUGCUCCCUCGCCCCCUCCUCAUGCUCCCUCGCCCCCUCCUCAUGCUCCCUCGCCCCCUCCUCAUGCUCCCUCGCCCCCUCCUCAUGCUCCCUCGCCCCCUCCUCAUGCUCCCUCGCCCCCUCCUCAUGCUCCCUCGCCCCCUCCUCAUGCUCCCUCGCCCCCUCCUCAUGCUCCCUCGCCCCCUCCUCAUGCUCCCUCGCCCCCUCCUCAUGCUCCCUCGCCCCCUCCUCAUGCUCCCUCGCCCCCUCCUCAUGCUCCCUCGCCCCCCUCCUCAUGCUCCCUCGCCCCCUCCUCAUGCUCCCUCGCCCCCUCCUCAUGCUCCCUCGCCCCCUCCUCAUGCUCCCUCGCCCCCUCCUCAUGCUCCCUCGCCCCCUCCUCAUGCUCCCUCGCCCCCUCCUCAUGCUCCCUCGCCCCCUCCUCAUGCUCCCUCGCCCCCUCCUCAUGCUCCCUCGCCCCCUCCUCAUGCUCCCUCGCCCCCUCCUCAUGCUCCCUCGCCCCCUCCUCAUGCUCCCUCGCCCCCUCCUCAUGCUCCCUCGCCCCCUCCUCAUGCUCCCUCGCCCCCUCCUCAUGCUCCCUCGCCCCCUCCUCAUGCUCCCUCGCCCCCUCCUCAUGCUCCCUCGCCCCCUCCUCAUGCUCCCUCGCCCCCUCCUCAUGCUCCCUCGCCCCCUCCUCAUGCUCCCUCGCCCCCUCCUCAUGCUCCCUCGCCCCCUCCUCAUGCUCCCUCGCCCCCUCCUCAUGCUCCCUCGCCCCCUCCUCAUGCUCCCUCGCCCCCUCCUCAUGCUCCCUCGCCCCCUCCUCAUGCUCCCUCGCCCCCUCCUCAUGCUCCCUCGCCCCCUCCUCAUGCUCCCUCGCCCCCUCCUCAUGCUCCCUCGCCCCCUCCUCAUGCUCCCUCGCCCCCUCCUCAUGCUCCCUCGCCCCCUCCUCAUGCUCCCUCGCCCCCUCCUCAUGCUCCCUCGCCCCCUCCUCAUGCUCCCUCGCCCCCUCCUCAUGCUCCCUCGCCCCCUCCUCAUGCUCCCUCGCCCCCUCCUCAUGCUCCCUCGCCCCCUCCUCAUGCUCCCUCGCCCCCUCCUCAUGCUCCCUCGCCCCCUCCUCAUGCUCCCUCGCCCCCUCCUCAUGCUCCCUCGCCCCCUCCUCAUGCUCCCUCGCCCCCUCCUCAUGCUCCCUCGCCCCCUCCUCAUGCUCCCUCGCCCCCUCCUCAUGCUCCCUCGCCCCCUCCUCAUGCUCCCUCGCCCCCUCCUCAUGCUCCCUCGCCCCCUCCUCAUGCUCCCUCGCCCCCUCCUCAUGCUCCCUCGCCCCCUCCUCAUGCUCCCUCGCCCCCUCCUCAUGCUCCCUCGCCCCCUCCUCAUGCUCCCUCGCCCCCUCCUCAUGCUCCCUCGCCCCCUCCUCAUGCUCCCUCGCCCCCUCCUCAUGCUCCCUCGCCCCCUCCUCAUGCUCCCUCGCCCCCUCCUCAUGCUCCCUCGCCCCCUCCUCAUGCUCCCUCGCCCCCUCCUCAUGCUCCCUCGCCCCCUCCUCAUGCUCCCUCGCCCCCUCCUCAUGCUCCCUCGCCCCCUCCUCAUGCUCCCUCGCCCCCUCCUCAUGCUCCCUCGCCCCCUCCUCAUGCUCCCUCGCCCCCUCCUCAUGCUCCCUCGCCCCCUCCUCAUGCUCCCUCGCCCCCUCCUCAUGCUCCCUCGCCCCCUCCUCAUGCUCCCUCGCCCCCUCCUCAUGCUCCCUCGCCCCCUCCUCAUGCUCCCUCGCCCCCUCCUCAUGCUCCCUCGCCCCCUCCUCAUGCUCCCUCGCCCCCUCCUCAUGCUCCCUCGCCCCCUCCUCAUGCUCCCUCGCCCCCUCCUCAUGCUCCCUCGCCCCCUCCUCAUGCUCCCUCGCCCCCUCCUCAUGCUCCCUCGCCCCCUCCUCAUGCUCCCUCGCCCCCUCCUCAUGCUCCCUCGCCCCCUCCUCAUGCUCCCUCGCCCCCUCCUCAUGCUCCCUCGCCCCCUCCUCAUGCUCCCUCGCCCCCUCCUCAUGCUCCCUCGCCCCCUCCUCAUGCUCCCUCGCCCCCUCCUCAUGCUCCCUCGCCCCCUCCUCAUGCUCCCUCGCCCCCUCCUCAUGCUCCCUCGCCCCCUCCUCAUGCUCCCUCGCCCCCUCCUCAUGCUCCCUCGCCCCCUCCUCAUGCUCCCUCGCCCCCUCCUCAUGCUCCCUCGCCCCCUCCUCAUGCUCCCUCGCCCCCUCCUCAUGCUCCCUCGCCCCCUCCUCAUGCUCCCUCGCCCCCUCCUCAUGCUCCCUCGCCCCCUCCUCAUGCUCCCUCGCCCCCUCCUCAUGCUCCCUCGCCCCCUCCUCAUGCUCCCUCACCCCCUCCUCAUGCUCCCUCGCCCCCUCCUCAUGCUCCCUCGCCCCCUCCUCAUGCUCCCUCGCCCCCUCCUCAUGCUCCCUCGCCCCCUCCUCAUGCUCCCUCGCCCCCUCCUCAUGCUCCCUCACCCCCUCCUCAUGCUCCCUCACCCCCUCCUCAUGCUCCCUCACCCCCUCCUCAUGCUCCCUCGCCCCCUCCUCAUGCUCCCUCACCCCCUCCUCAUGCUCCCUCACCCCCUCCUCAUGCUCCCUCACCCCCUCCUCAUGCUCCCUCGCCCCCUCCUCAUGCUCCCUCGCCCCCUCCUCAUGCUCCCUCGCCCCCUCCUCAUGCUCCCUCGCCCCCUCCUCAUGCUCCCUCACCCCCUCCUCAUGCUCCCUCGCCCCCUCCUCAUGCUCCCUCGCCCCCUCCUCAUGCUCCCUCACCCCCUCCUCGUGCUCCCUCGCCCCUCCUCAUGCUCCCUCGCCCCCUCCUCAUGCUCCCUCGCCCCCUCCUCAUGCUCCCUCGCCCCCUCCUCAUGCUCCCUCGCCCCCUCCUCAUGCUCCCUCGUCCCCUCCUCAUGCUCCCUCACCCCAUCCUCGUGCUCCUCUCCUGCUGCCCUCUGCUCACCAUCCUCCUCCCCUUCCCCUCGCCCAUGCACUUGUCCCUCGUGCUCCUCAUGCUCCACGUCCCCUUUCCCCGCUUCCACCGCCUCGCCCGUAA